AUGAACGGCAAGAACCUUAACUUUUACGUGGCCUUUCUUGCAAUUGGGACCGCGCUCUGCCAAACAGACGGGGACCAGGACAGUCCUGGCUCUGCAAAGAAUCAGACCGAGUGCCGGUCUCUGGGACUCGACGGCCGCCUAGCCAUCGUUACUGGGGGCGCCAGUGGGAUCGGGAGGAGCGUCUGCCUGGUAUUCGCUCGAGAGGGAGCCACCGUCGUCGUAGCGGACAGGAACAGAACGGGCUCCGCUGAAACCAUAGAGAUGCUUCAAGCCUCGUACAAGGGCGAUCACCGGGCCAUCUACGUGGACGUUUCCAACUCGACCGCCGUCAGCAACCUUUUCGAGGAGAUCGAGUCGUCGUUUCCUGGCCGGAAAAUCAGCGUCGUGGUGAACUCCGCCGGCAUAUCGGGAAUGCUAGCGCCCAUCGAGGAAACAAAUGACACCGCCUACGACCUUGUCAUCGCCACUAACCUAAGGGGAACAUUCCUGAUCGAUCGUGCAACGGUGAGGCAUAUGCUGGCCAACAAUGUCACGGACGGCGCCAUCGUCAACAUCGCGAGCAUCACGGCAAAAACUGGCUCUCCGAUGCUACCGCCCUAUACUGCAUCCAAGGGCGGUGUUGUGUCCCUCACCAAAGCUGUGGCCCUUGAGGUGGCCAGCAAGGGAAUCCGCGUCAAUACCAUCCUGCCUGGUCCAGUGGACACGCCUUUGACCCAAAAGUUGCCUAAAGAUUUUGUGGACGAGUUAAUCGAGCAAACUGCUUUUAAGCGCCUAGCACAGCCCCAGGAAAUAUCCGAGACGAUUGCGUUCAUGUGCAGCCCAAAGAGCAGCUUCAUGACGGGAGCGGCCAUCGACGUCACCGGAGGAGUAAUAGCGUAA